AUGUCCGGCACGAACGCAGAGACUGACCUUGCCCGUAGUGUACCCACCAUCGCUCAGGUGAGCCUCGUAGUAGCUCAAAGCCUCAAUGUCGACGCCACUAGCGACAGGGAACUUGAUCAAGUUCCGACUGUGAUGCUAAGGACAGAGAAUGGUGAACCCGAAUGGAGACUGGGCGGUGAAGAGGUUACGAAGAAGGCAUGCCUCCGGCUGUUCGCCAUGUACUUUGAGAAAUACCAUCACUUCUGUCCAAUCUUAGACCCAACCAAACCUCCAGAAGAACUCCACAAAAAAUCACCGGCGCCGUUCUGGACUGUCAUUGGAAUUGCCGCACGGCAAGAUCGAGAGAUGCCAGACCUCUUGGCCAGACUCAAGCCAUCGCUGGAAGACAUGCUUCAAACUAUGAUGUUCAACAAUCCGACCUACGUUCCUCAUGUCCAAGCAAUGAUACUGUGGGCUGUCUGGCCGCUGCCCAACCUCCGGUCGUGGAACGACAAGACGCUGCUGGUCAUCAGUGCAGCUGUGCCGCAUGCCAUGCAGCUCGGGCUACAUCGGCCAGGUUUUGAGGACGAGUACAGCAGGAUGGGUUUCUUCGUCUUCCGAAGUGGUGCCUGGUGUGAUGAUCCCGAUGAGCAAGAAGCCGUCCGUAGGGAAAGAACAAAGACGUGGCUCGCCCUGAUCGCGACUUAUCAGAGCGCUUACCUAGAAUACGGGCAUCUUCCAAUGCUUUGUCCAAGUGACCGCAGCACGCGGCCAACUGUUGAUCAGAUACGGCAGGCAGAUAUUGCUCCGGAGCUCGUAUACUACCAGAAGCUCAGUAAUUUCAUGCAAUAUUCUAUGAAGGAUAUCGACGAGCUUGGACUGGUCCACCAGGGAAAUGCGGAAGAGUUUUACAUGAGCAUGAUGAAGCUAGAACGCCAGAUGGCCGCGAUCGAGAUUAACAUCGUCAAUCCUUCAUGGAUGAUAGCUCUGCGACUUCAGAGCUCGAAACUCUACCUGAGAAUGAUGUACUUUCUCGACGACGAACCGAGUGAAAGCCGAACCAGGCCUUGUUGA